AUGAAUAAUCAGAGCAGUGCCCUUAAGCUUGGUCACCGUAAUGUGAAAUAUUUGUUUACUUCAUUUGACAAAUUUAUUGAUUUAGUUGUUUCUGACAACGAUGAUGAGAUGUGCGUUACUGAGAAUUGGAUAAACGAUGACCAAACGGCAACAGUUGUUCAAAUACCCGGUCUUAAGUUCAUACACAUGGACCGUGUACGUAGAGGGGGAGGGGUUGGGAUAUACAUUCGUCAACAUAUUCCUAGUAAACAGUUAUUUGAUGACUUUGUUCCCCCUGAUAGAUCUAGAUAUAAAAUCUCACUUUGUAUAGUUUACAGAGCACCUUCUAGUAGUGUAGUCUUAUUUGUUGAUUAUCUAGACAGUGUACUUUCUUUUAUAGCGUCACAAUAUGAUUAUAUCUGCUUGCUUGGUGAUAUUAAUGUCGGGUUCAUGCACGACUUAACGUAA